GUCGCGGGUUGAAAAUUGCAUAAACGGUGGGUUGCGCUUGUUUGGGGCUUGUUUUGAAAGGCAGAGACGCUUUUUUUUUCUCGUGAGACUUGGCAACACUGGUGCUGUGUUACUCAUGACACUGCAAGAAGUUCUGGAGACAAGCGUCAAUACAAUGUGGCUUAACUGCGGCUGACUGAGAAGAACACGGAGUUAAAAAAGGUUUAGGAUGUUUAAACUGCUUGGGAACUGCGGACAGAUUAUUAAUAGCCGAAACCUGACGUCCUGUUUGACAGCUAAGUUUUCAAGAUCGACUGCAUUCAUUUUGAGCAGGAGAAAGCACACAGACACACCCCCAGCUCUUCAGUUUCAGCACAUCCACUCUGCAGCGAACAGCAAGACAUUUCAGAAUCAAAGGAGGGCUUCCUUUUCGAAAACCAUUGCUGCCAUGGCAACAGGAGGAGGAAAGGACAGGAAGCCGCCCCACACAAACAGGCUGAUUGAGGAGAAGUCUCCCUACCUCCUCCAGCACGCCCACAACCCUGUGGACUGGUUUCCAUGGGGACAGGAAGCGUUUGAUAAAGCGAAGGCCGAGGAUAAACCCAUAUUUCUGUCAGUGGGGUACUCCACCUGUCACUGGUGCCAUGUGAUGGAGCAUGAGUCCUUUGAGAGCGCAGACAUCGGGAAGAUCCUCAGCGACAACUUUGUGUGCAUCAAGGUGGACCGCGAGGAGAGACCCGACGUGGAUAAAGUGUACAUGACCUUUGUGCAGGCUACGACAGGAGGAGGCGGCUGGCCUAUGAGCGUGUGGCUGACCCCUGACCUGCACCCCUUCAUUGGUGGCACCUACUUCCCCCCCAAGGACAGUGCGUAUAGACCAGGGUUCAAGACAGUCCUGCUGCGGAUCGCAAAGCAGUGGCAGUCUCAUCGUGAGGAUCUGGUGUCGAAUGGGGAGCGGAUCCUGGCUGCUCUUAAGAAGGGCACCUCCAUUUCUGCCAGCCCGGGAGAGACUCCUCCUCCUGGCCCCGAUGUGGCAGCGCGAUGCCUCCAGCAGCUGGCACACGCCUACGAGGAGGAGUAUGGUGGCUUCAGCCAGGCGCCCAAGUUCCCCACACCAGUGAACCUCAGUUUCUUGUUCAGUCACCGGGCCCUGCACAGGAGCUCUGCGGAGGGGGCGCAGGCUCUCCACAUGGCCCUGCACACCCUGCGCAUGAUGGCCCUUGGGGGGAUCCACGACCACGUUGCCCAGGGUUUUCACCGCUACUCCACUGAUGACUCCUGGCAUGUUCCCCACUUUGAGAAGAUGCUGUAUGACCAGGCCCAGCUCUCUGUGGCCUACAUUACUGCCUACCAGGUGUCUGGGGAUGAGUUCUUUGCAGAGGUGGCCAGAGACAUUCUGAGCUACGUCUCCCGAGACCUGAGUGACCAGUCAGGUGGUUUCUACAGCGCGGAGGAUGCUGACUCAUUCCCCACUGCCGGGGCCCCGAAGAAGAAAGAGGGGGCCUUCUGCGUGUGGACUGAACAACAAAUCAGAGAGCUGCUCCCCCAGCCUGUUACCGGGGCGACCGGCGGAGCCACUCAGGCAGAUAUCUUCAUCCAUCACUACGGAGUGAAGGAGCAGGGCAACGUGAGGCCGGAGCAGGACCCUCAUGGGGAGCUCGCCGGUCAGAACGUGCUGAUUGUCCGUUACUCUCUGGAGGUGACCGCUGCUCACUUCGACCUGAGCGUGCCGCUGCUGAAGGAGGUCCUGAGCGGGUGCAGACAACGCCUAGCGGAGGUGAGACGGGAGCGGCCCGCAGCCCAUCUGGACAGCAAGAUGAUAGCCGCCUGGAACGGUCUGAUGGUGUCAGGGUUUGCCCGGGUGGGAGCUGUGCUGGGUGAGAAGGUGUUCAUCGAGCGAGCGGAGAAGGCAGCGCACUUCCUCAGGGAUCACCUGUUUGAUGCAGCCAGUGGGAAGAUGCUCCGCUCCUGCUACCGAGGAGAGGAGAUGGGGGUAGAGCAAAUCUCAGAGCCUAUCAGCGGGUUCCUGGAUGACUACGCCUUUGUGAUUGGCGGUCUGCUGGACCUGUACGAAGCCUCACUGGAUGCUGGCUGGCUGGAGUGGGCAGAGGCUCUGCAGGACAGGCAGGACCAGCUCUUCUGGGAUGAUCAGGGCAGCGGCUACUUCAGCAGCGAGACCACUGACCGCUCUGUGCUGCUGAGACUCAAAGAAGACCAGGACGGUGCUGAGCCGAGUGCGAACUCUGUGUCUGCGCUAAGCCUCCUGAGACUGUCCCAUUACACCGGCCGAGGGGAGUGGGCCGAGCGAUCCAGACACAUCCUCGCCGCCUUCUCAGAUCGGCUCAUCAAGAUACCUAUCGCACUGCCAGAGAUGGUCCGGGCCCUGACAGCACAGUACCACUCACUCAAACAGGUUGUUAUUGCUGGCCAGCCUCACUCCCAGGACACCCAGCAGCUGAUUAGCUGUGUCAACUCGCACUUUGUACCCAACAAGGUAUUAUUGCUGGCGGAUGGCAAUACUGAGAGCUUCCUGUACCAACGCCUGCCUGUCCUCACCUCCAUGACUCCACAGGGGGGCAAAGCCACAGCCUUCGUCUGCAAGAACUUCACUUGCUCCCUGCCGGUCACCUCCCCUGAGGAGCUCCGGAAACUGCUGUUGGAUUGAGGGACAGGGGUACCAGACCAGGUAACACUUUAAGGAUCCAUUAUGAACCAUCAGUAAUGCAUCUAAACUUGUUAUAUGAAUGCAUUGAUUUAUAUAACACGUUUAUUCAUUCCUAUAACACGUUUCGAUGCAUUAUUGAAUGGAUCCUUAAAGUGUUACCCAGAACGGUCCUUUCACAAGGCCCCCAGUGUUUGACAGUAGUUGAUAAUAAUAAUAAUUAGUUUCACAGAUAAUCGCAAUUCACUAAUGACACAGCAUGGCUUCUUUUAGUUUGGCAUUGUAAAUACUCUGCUAAUUCUUGACACAAAUCUAAAAUUCAUUUUCUGUUUACUCUGUAGUUAUCUAUUAUUGAUGAUUCACUAAUAAUCGUAAUUAUUAGUACUGGGAUAAAUAUUUGAACAAACACUGCUUGAAAUGUAUUCUCUGGCAAAAUGAUGUUGUGUGUAUUUGUUCAUAUACCUGAACUUCUAUAAAAAAAAGAUAACAUGUAAAGAAGCCAGUGCAUAAUGAUGACUGAAAUAAAUAACCCCCACUCUACCAUACAGAGCAGUGUUUCCUUUAUAGUUAAAGAGUUAUAACCACAAAUCUAACAGUAAAAAACAGGCGAAAAUAGCUGGGAUCCUAAACAGUUAUCCUGUCCUUAUAGAAUAGCCAUCUCUAUGCCUUUUCAAGUGUAGUGAGUUGACCAAAACUACACACAGUAUUUUAGGUGGGGUCUAACAAUGGCAUUUUAGUUUUAGCAUGUUGCAAUAAAAAACCACUAAGGGUGGCUUAACUUAACCUUCUAUUGUAGACAGUACCUUUCUUUUUUUCCUGUACCAUUACAGUGCUAUCACAUGUUUUUAUGACAAGCAAUAACAGUUUAUUACAUGACAUUUUAGUAAAUUGAUUUUUAUAAAUGGAUCCUUAAGCUAAACCAUGUGCCAGUUCCAGUGAGGGAAAUGGACGGUGUUUUGGGAAAGAGACAGACAAGUAUUGUGUUUUGAAGUUAUAUGACUGGAAAUUAUUUUUUAAUUAUCAUCAUUUCUGUUUUUCCUUCUAAAUUUCUGAAAAGCAAACAUUUGAGCUGAUGCCUUCAUCAGCAUCAAACUAUUUGACUGGGUGUUUAUAGUUUUACCUUACAAUUUACAGUCAUAGGACUGUGCAAAGUUAACACGCACCGUUUAACUAAACUUGAAUUGUUUUUAUUGAGUGUACCUGAAAUACAGUAUAAGUCAUAGCCAAGCCAAAUCUGUUCAAAUAAACUGUAAAACAAAG